UUUUUUUUCUUCCAUCAUUUCUAAUAUUUUUCCAUUUUUACAAUUUUUUUUUUUCCUUCGAAAAAUUUAGAAGUUUAGCCGUCGUCUUCUGUUGGGAUCCUGAAAGUCGAAGAUCGGAUCGAGCUCUCUCUCUCUCUCUCUCUCUCUCUCUCUCUCUCCCCCUCUCAUUCAAACCCUAAAACCAGAGCGCUCUCUCUCUCUCUCUCUCUCUCUCUCCCUCCAAGGUUUUCCUUCUUGGCCGUUUCCCAUUCAAUCUUUUCAUGCGAACAACGAAGUUUCGUUUCUCAAGCGUUGCCUGGUACUUUCUUGAAGGUGCGUAAACAUGGAGCUUGAAGGCACGGAAAAAGAGAGAUAUACGAAGCAGUGGUCGAGUCUGUGAUCCGAGCAAAGUUUGGAGCAGAAUCAGAAGAAAAUUCGAGGUCAUAGGGCAGUUUGCUGAGCGAAAAUGUCGCCAUCUAAUUCUCCGUGCGCAGCGUGCAAGUUGCAAAGGCGAAAAUGCACACAAGAGUGCGUGUUCGCACCGUAUUUCCCACCGGAUCAGCCUCAAAAGUUCGAGAAUGUUCACAAGGUAUUUGGGGCCAGCAAUGUUGCUAAACUUCUCAACGAGCUCAACGCAAAUCAGCGUGAAGACGCCGUGAACUCUUUGGCCUAUGAAGCCGAUGCCCGUCUCCGGGACCCAGUCUAUGGCUGUGUGGGUCUAAUCUCAAUCCUUCAACACAAGCUGAAGGAAGUACAGAGCGAUCUGUACAAUGCCAAGAAAGAGCUAGCCACCUAUUUGGGUCCCCAAGCUUUGCAUCAGAUUCUUCAACCCCCGACAUAUUUGCCGCAAACCCACCCGGGUCCCUCAUCUUCUUCGGUCUUGCCGUACAAUAUGUCACCCAUGAUGGGAAUCCCAACGGGGCCUUCACCCAGUGGUCAAUUGGUCAUUUGUGAUCCUCUUCAACAGCAACAUCAGACGCAGCAGAUUUUCGAGGCUCAGCAAUUGGCUGCGGCGGUGGCGGCGAGGGAGCAACAGGAGAUGUUCCGGACUAGUUUUGAGCAGAAACAAGCACUGCACCAGCAGCAGCAGCAGACCCAGCAGCCCCAAGACCUUUUGAGGUUUAACAGUGGUGGGUUCGACUCGGCUUCUGGUUCGGUCACUGCAACUGGGUUCAAUCAGAUGACUGCAGCUGCUAUGUCUCCUUCGUUGGCUCUUGGAAACUUUGAUCUUUCUUACCAUAUUCAACCCCAACAACCAGAACAUCAUAAUCCUCACCACACUCAGCUUCAGGCACAGAUUUUGCUUCCACCUCAAGAGCCACAAGUCCAACAACAACAAUCCCAGCAAACACAGCAAUCCCAACAGCAGCAGACAGAUCAAGGCGAGGAGGGUAGGGGAGUUGGUCAGACUUGUUGAUGUCUGAUCUCCAGCUCUUUUUAACCUUCCUGCUUUUUCAGUCAACAAUUAUUUUUUCUAGUUUUCCGUCGCAUACAAGUGGAUAGAGAGAGAGAGAGAGAGAGAGAGAGAGAGAGAGAGAGAGAGAGAUUACAUAUAAAAUUUGGAAAGAUUUACGUCUGAGCUGCAAAGGCUGCAUUGGUUUUUUGAAUUGAAGAAGACAUUUAAUAUUGGGGAUACUUUUUCUUAGGGUAGAAUCCGCAUUGAUCUUCGAGUACAGUUUUUUUCUUUUUUUCUCUUUUGGUUUAAGUAGUGAUGGUUCAUUCUUCUUUUUUAGAAGCCAAAAACGUGUAAAGGCCUUGAUAAUAGCUACCAACUGUCCAAGGAUUCUUCGUUAUUCUGGGAAGUUUUCUACUUUUUUUUUUUUUUUUUUAAAAGGCCUUUUGUUUCUUUUCGAUUCCAGUUUCUCACUUUUCUUUUCUUAUACUGACAAUUUUUUUAUUCCUGCUACUGAACCAAUACUAGCUCUUCGUUUUUUGUUUCCAUUUGGCUCGAAAAUUUCUUCAGGACGCAGCUUUGAUUUGAAGUCUGGCUGGUCCAUGGGAGAGAGUGCCCUUUUGUUGGUCUAUAUGGUUCUCAUUUGAUAUUUAAGCAUUUAAGAUGUGAAUAAUCUACAUAUAUAUGAAAAGUUUUAGACAAUGCUUACCUCUUGACUAUUUCCUUUUA